CAAUUUCAAUAAUAAUCGAACAAACCUACGUAUAUGCCUCCCCCCCCCCCUACAGUUAGAAAUAUACAUCGUUAGGUUAUUUUGUGUAAACACUGUUGAUAAUGUGAUUCUAAUUUACGUUGUUGGUUUCUUAGACUUAAAUAGUUUAUAUGCACUUUUUAUUCAUCGUAUACUCAUUCCGAUAAUCAUGCUAGAAAAAACAGAAAUGACGGAAAAUCAACAAUUAUCAAAGGAAGAUUAUUUAAUAAGAAGGGCAAAUGAAGCUCUGUCUACUGACAUUUAUGCUGCCAAAUCUUGGUUAAUUACUGCAAAAUCGCUGUUUCCACAAAGUGCUAAGAUACAAUUUGAAGCUUACCGAGUGGAGAAACUAUCCAAAAAUGUCAAAGAAGCAGCCAAAUGUUUUAGUGAAAUAUUUCAAAACUUUCCUGACGAUAGGGAUAUAUGGAAAGAAAUUGAAAGAAUAACUUCUUCCUUGAGAUCCGAGCAAUGUGAUGAAGAAGCAGAACUACUAUGCCACAUGUUUCAACACAUACCUCAAGAUCUGCAACAUCGAUUAUUAAUUAUGACCGCAGAUCACAGUGAGGAUACAAUGGAACAUUGUAAAUUAUUGUUAUUAUUAUUAAAACGGUUUCCUCAAACUGUUGCUACUCAUGGACCAAGAUUAGUGGAAACAUUACUGACAGCGGAGAAACACAGCCAUCCUGGUAAAGCUGUUAAUGGAUUCAGAAAAUUGUUGGCUUGUGAAGCAUUACCCCUGCUUGGUGCAGCACCUGUUGAAUUAAAUGCAAGACUAAGUCUAAGGUUACUCUGCAAAGCUGUAGAGUUUUAUUUUGCUUACAUACAACAACCUCAAGAUAACCAAAUCACAAAACCUUGGGACAAGUUAUUCCAAGUUGUAGAACUAAUUGGUAAAAAGCUAGGUUGGGAAUUAAGCAACUUGUUUACAUUACCAUGGAGUCGAGAAACAUACUGUGAUAGAUUGCAGCAGUAUGCCAAUGCACACACAGCAAGUUUAGGUGAAGAACUUGUAGUACGACAAUUGCUUAUUUGUUCUGUGGUUGUUUUGAUAAGGAUAUUAAAUGAACAUGCUGCUCUGAUAAGUAGCGAUGAAACCACUUAUUGCCUUGUGGAAGCUUUCGCUGAUCCUAUACCUACUGGUGAACCAAAAGUUAAAAAACGCAAAAGAGAAGAACCAAUAGGAAUAGUCAUUACCAGUGACGGUGAAUACAGUGGGAAUGGAUUAGCUCUAGCAGUUAAAUUGUAUGAUCUUAUACACAGCAGUGAAUAUUUACAACGGGAAACUGCUAAAAUAAUACAACAAAUGCGAUUAGAAUCGUGGUUGAAUCCAUUCUCAAACGAUCUUGCAAUGUACAAGGGCAUGCAUCACGAUCUUCUUCUUACGCUACCUCAAGAAAAUUCUUUAUGCGCGCAGCUUCAAUUGGCUAGUACAUGCUUCUUUGUCAAAGAUUACAAGUCUAUGAUUGAGUAUAUCACGUUAGUCGCCAACGCUUUGCCCAGUGCACAAGGCAGAGUAUCAAAUAAUCUGACAGUCCCAGCCAUAAGACAUCUACAUUAUCUGCCUCUAACCAGGUUUACUGUUUUGCAAUAUUGCUGCAGACUUCUUCUCACUGCUAUAAAGGAAAGCUUUUCAUGGCCUGGUGGGGGUGGGGACUUAGCUAUUGGCAAUGCUCUAGUCUUAUUGCAAAUCGACUGGCCACAAGAAGCAGGAAUGAUGAGCAUUAUUACACAAAAAAUUAUGAGUCGAAGGUGUUUUAGUUACCCCCUAUUUCAAGCAUACAUUAUAUGUGUCGAUAUUCUAGAAGAAUUAACAUAUCUCUGGACUGACCAUGGAGGAGGUAUCCUUCUUGACAUAGCUGUGAAUACAGGGAUAUUGCAAAAUCGCAGAAUCUCUACUCGAGGAGCUGACAAAGGUGUGCGAGAAGAGGUCAAACAAACGAUGAGGCGACAAGCCGCCAGAGAUGGUGUUGAUGCACUGGACGAAUUACUACAAAGAUUUAUUCUCAACGAGAAAAAAGCCUUGCAACAUAGCUUAAUUGUACGAUAAAAUAAUAAUUCUAUAUCUUUUUAACGUUGACUGUUUACUCUGUUCCUUUUUAGUUUAGAACAAUAAUUAUUUUCAAAUAAACGUUUACGAGGUCACGCAAGA